AUGCCACGUUUAGAGCUCAUUGCAUCUCACAUGGCAGCUAAUCUUAUGGAAAAUGUUCGAUCUGCAUUAAAACGAUAUCCUGUAGCUGAGUGCUUCGGAUGGAGUGACAGUACCGUUGUGUUACAUUGGGUGAGAGAAAGUGCAUCCUAUAAACCAUUUGUGAGUAAUCGAGUAGAUAAGGUUAAGAAGAAAAACUACAUAGUGUGGACGCAUGUUCCAUCGGAACAGAAUCCAGCUGAUUGUGGUAGCCGAGGAUGCUCAUUUACGAAACUAGAUAGUUUGUGGUGGGAUGGACCAUCAUGGCUGUUGGAGAAGGAGAAUUGGCCGAUUGACAUCAUAACAACACCUUCAGUGGAGUCGGAGUCAGAAGCGAAGCGAAUCAAGGAAGUCCUUGCAGUAGCAAUUAACAAAAAGGAAGAUUCUACUUUCCAACCCCUGUUAGCAAAGUAUGAAUUGCGGAAGGUAAUUCGCAUGUCUUCAUGGAUAUUACGCUUUAUCACCAACUGCCGCCAGGGUGGUGUACAUGGUCCAUUAACAACUGAAGAGGUGAAUCAAAGUAAACGAUUGCUAAUCAAAGUAAUUCAAGAGGAAUUUGAAGAUUCUGAAGAUUUUACGGAAGACAAACUUCGUCUAAAUUUGCAAAAGAACGCCGAUGGAUUGUUCGAAUGUAGAGGUAGAAUACAAGGUCACUAUCCUUUGUACCUGCCACAAAAGUCCUUGUUAGCUGAAAAGAUUGUCAUGAAAGCCCACAAAAGAACGCUCCGUGGGCAAUUGACAAAGAGAAUCAGACACAAAUGUCAUGGAUGUAAAAUACAUCGUGCCAUUGCCUUUGCUGAACCACCAACAGGAUUAAUCCCCAAGGAUAGAGUGGCAGGAACGAAAGCCUUCGAAGUAACAGGAGUGGAUUAUGCAGAACCACUCAUAUGUCAAAUCAGACAACUGAAGGAUUUAUCCGAAGUUUAA